AUGCAUACAGGGCAAUCAAUACACUCUUGCAAACGACCACUUUCACAGCAAUCAUCCGCUGAUGCAUCACCCGACCAGGCUCACAAAAAGCGAAAAGUCAAGCAUCCCAGUGGUUUCCUACUCCCUGCAGCAUUUUGGGAUAAUCUCUCAAAAGUCUGGCUGACACAUAACGCACUGCGGGAGCUUGAUCGAAGGAAUACACAAGUUCCAACCAAGUCGCUCCAGCCAACUCGGUCGUCAAGACCUGUCACUCCCAACGAAGUAAAGGCUAUUCAAAGGUUUGCACGUCAGGGUGGCCCAGAUUUAUCGGAACUACGGGGUAGCCUACAAUGA